UGUCACUGUCAGUUGUCAAAAAGCAAUAAACGACAAGCACAAAACAAACGUGCAGCGAAAGAAUAUUAAAAGACACGAAAUUGCAUUUAUUUAGCGAAAGACAUAUUUUAAGUAGAAAAUGGCGGUGCGUCCGCAGCACAUGCAUGAUGGUGGAAUUGUCGAACGUCGCUUACGGCCGAUAUACGACUGGUUGGACAAUGGGGUAAAUAAGAAAGCGCUUCAGGAAGCCGAAAAAGUUCUCAAGAAAAGUCCUACUCUACAAGCGGCACGAGCUUUAAAAGCUCUGGCGCUUUUAAGGUUAGGAAAAAAGUGUGAAGCUCAGGCGGUGCUGGAGGCGCUGGCUGAGGAGAAGCCGAGCGACGAUACCACGCUGCAGGCCAUGACCAUAUCCUACAGAGAGUCGCAGCAACUACAGAAGGUGUGCGAGGCAUAUGAGGCGGCAGUGCGUGCGGAGCCUGGCAGUGAGGAGCUCCACUCGCACCUGUUCAUGGCUUACGUGCGCGUGGGCGACCACCGCGCGCAGCAGCGCGCCGCUCUGCAACUCUAUCGCAUCGCGCCCAAGAACCCAUACUACUUCUGGGCGGUCAUGAGUGUUGUGUUGCAGGCUAAGUCUACAGAAGAUGUUUCCAAGAAAGGAAUUCUCCUCGCACUAGCGCAGCGAAUGGUAGAUAAUUUUAUAACGGAGAACAAAAUGGAAGCAGAACAGGAGGCACGGCUGUACAUGAUGAUCCUGGAGCUGCAGGAGAAGUGGGAAGACCUGCUCGCGUUCGUCGAGGGCCCCGUGUACGCGCAGCUGGUGCCCGGCUCCACACUACAGGCCAGCAUACCGUACCUCAGGAGACUCGGCCGUUGGAGGAAAUUAAAUUUGGUGUGCAAAGAUCUGUUAUGGGAGAACCAGGACCGCUGGGACUACUACAUGCCCUAUUUCGACUCCGUUUUCGAAUUGAUGAAGAGCGACGAGCGCGACGAGAGCGACGGCUCGGCGGACGACACGGCGGAAAAGUGCCACGAGUUCAUCUGCUCGCUUGUGGAGAGCGUGUCAGCGGGGCGCGCGCUGCGCGGGCCCUACCUGGCGCGCCUCGAGCUGUGGCGGCGUCUGGCGGCACACGAGGCGGGCGGCUCGGCGGCCGCGCUGCUGGGCAGUGCGCGCGCGCUGUGCGUGCAGUACCUGCGCGUGUUCGCCGCCAAGCCUUGCGCCGUCGCCGACCUCAGACCGUACCUGGCCAUCAUACCGCAGCAGGAGCGCGAGGACCACUGCAGGGACUUUCUCACAUGCUUGGGCUUCGAUGAGAACAGCGAGCCUGACAAUGCGGCGGACAUCCAGCGGCACGUGUCGUGCGUGUGCGCGUGGCGGCUGUGUGCGCCGCCGCCGGACGCCGCGGCCAGUCUGGCGCUGGCGCACGCGCUGCGGGCGCACUACCUGCGCUGCGUGCGCGCCGCCCCCGCCCCCGCAGCCCCCGCGCCCACAGACAGCAGCCCCGCGGACGCGUACGCAACGCUCGCCGCACACCACUAUUGUUACGCCGCGGUGCAGCUGCAGGAGGCGGGCCCGCUGGUGCAGGCGCUGGGCGUGCUGGAGCUGUGCGCGCGCCGCUCGCCCGCGCAGCCGCACGCCAAGCUGCUGCUGCUCGCGAUCUACCACAUGCUCGGCGCCGGCGCCGCGGCGGAGACUGCGUUCGCGAGGCUGGAGGCGAAGCACGUGCAGCUGGCGUCGCUGGGCUGGCUGCACGCGGCGCGCCUGCCCGCCGCCGCGCCCGCGCUCGCCCCCGCGCGCCUCGCCGACGUGCACACCUUCUAUCAGCACCACGCCAAGGACAGCGUGGAGCAGCUGACGUACGCGUACAAGUACGGCACGUUCGAGAAGCUGGUGGAGCUGGGGGCGUGGCGCGCGCGGCUGGAGGCGUGCGCGUGGGCGGCGCUGGUGGCCCGCGAGCGCGCGCUGCUGCCGCCCGCCGCCCCGCCCGCCGCGCCGCCCGCCGCGCCGCCCGCCGCCCCGCCCGCGCUCGACAACCGCGACCUCACCGUGAUAGUGAGCUGGGAGCCGGCGCAGCGACGCGACGAGGGCCUGCGCGCGCGCACCUUCGAGCGCGACGUGGCCUACCUGCGCCUGAAGGACGCGCUGGUGCGGGCGCUGGCGCUGUGCGCGGAGGCGGCCGCGGCGCUCGACAACGAGCACCUGCUGCGCCAGCUCGACCACUGCGUGGACGCGUUCGGCGCGGCCAUGGAGCGCUGCAGAUGCGAGUACCGCGCCCCCGAGGAGGACCUCAGCGUCUGCGCCCCUCUGCCUUCUAGGAUUUUUGCGCUGGUGCAGUCGCCGGCGUCGUACGGCGCGCUGUACACGUGCUUGCUGCGCGUGGCGCGCGCGGCGUGCGAGCGCGGCGAGGGCGGGCCGGGGGCGGGGGCGGGGGCGGUGCCGCGCGCGGUCGCCGCGCUGAGUGCCGCCCUGCGCGCCGCGCGCCCCGCCCUCGCCGACCUGGCGCCCGCCACACUCUGGCACGCGAGGGACGCGCUCGAGCAUCUCUCCAACAUCCUGGAGUUCGCGGGAGUGAUGACGUACGUGUUCGGGUUGUGCCGCGAGGUGGUGACGCCGACCAACUCGAGGAAGUCGAGCAAGAAGAAGGCGAGCGUGUCCCCGGAGCGCGCGGGGACGGGACGCGCGCUGGGCGAGGCGGGCGGGGAGGCGGCGGCGCUGCUGGGCGAGGUGCGCGCGCGGCUGGAGGCCUGGCCCGCCGCCUGGGCCGCGCCGCACCUCGCCUCGGGCGUGGAGGAGCAGCUGGCGGGGGAGUACCGCUGCCCCGCGGCCGGCCAGCUGGAGCGCAGCUACCGGGAGGCGCUGCGACACGCGCGGGACACGCUCGACGAUAAAAUUAAAUACUUGAAGAGUAUGCAGUGA